UAGAGCGUUUGCCAGUUCAAUUUUUUAUUGGAGAUGAUCCAGUGUUAUGAGUUUUUAGAUUGGAGUUUUAAAGCAAGUUCAAGUUCUUUAUUACUUUAAGUCAGCAAAAACAUAUGUUUCAUGACUCCAACAUAUUUUGAGUCAUUAAUUUCCGAAAAUAUCUGCAGGAGUCCAGGACUUUCUGUCAAUCAAUUCAGAUCUCAAAGACUUCAUUGACAAUAAUUGAAGUUUGGUGAAAUUAAGAAAUAUUUUGUAACAUAAAAAAGUUUCAUAUAUGUACAUGUACUUAGUUUCUGUCAUAAUAUUGACCGUGACAAUUCGGUAAACAGUACAAUGAUUAUUGUAAAUAAAUUUAUGAGUCUUGACCAAUGCCUGUGGUUAUAUUGAUUCCACACAUACUGAUAUCCAGACGACGGGUCCAGAAACUCUAUCAACCAUUGAAGACAUGACAGCUUUAGUUGUACACAUAUAUAUAAUCAGUUGUAUGUAACAAUUGCAAGAAAGAAAUCUGAUAUAACUCAUAAAUGUUUCAGGAUAAACUUAUUUUAUAUUUAUCAUGAUCAGGAACCCCAUUAUUAUUAGGUCAACUUGUUAUCCUCUUCCAUAAUAAUGUAAUAUCAACUUAAUGUGAUUAAAAACACAUUCCAAAACACACACAAAAAAUGAUGUACUUUUGACACUUUACAUAAACCAGCAAAUUCAAACCACAGGGAUGCUACUUCGAUAAAAAUAUUUCUUACGUUUUAAGAAUUUGGCAAUACAGAUUGAAUUUCUGGUAAAGUUUCCAUUUAAUUACUUUUUUUUUCUCAAUAUUUCUGACCCAUUCAUUUUACUAUUUUUGGACAAUUAUUACCAAGUCCAAAAAGAAUUUAAAUAUAAAACAAUCCAAUAAUCAGUGUAAAGGAUCAGACAGGUGUAUCGUGCAACAAUUUGUGGUGCUCUUGUUUUAAUGUGGUUCACUGAAAGCAUGAUUAUAAAGUUGAAAUUAGAUUUAUAGUCUGUUAUAUGCAUGCUACAUUGUAAAACAUGUAUGAGGUACUAUUCUGUUUUUAUCAAGAUUUUCAAUUCAUUAAAUGUAACAUGAUGAAUGAAAUUACGAAGAAUAGUACUUUUGUGUAUGUUUUACAAUAUUUGUUCAAUUUACUGUUCACUUGUUCUUGUUACAUAGUUUUAUGCAUGAGUCCAGAAGGAGGAGGAAAACCUGCUGAAGACAUAAACCAAAUAUCAGGAAUAUUGUUCAAUCCAGAGUCUGCUGGAACGGUUAAAUAGAAUUCACAUAACCCUUUCACAUGAGACCAAGAGGAAUUUCAUGGAUCACUUUGCUGAAUAUAGCAAUAGGCAUAUUUUAGGGAAGAUUGCUGACGGUAAAGAUGGCAAGAUAAAUGGAGAUAAUCUUGAUAUAUAUGUCCGAACAAAUGACAUGAGGAUGGACCGCAAGAAUCGUGACUAUCACUAUUUUGCUUCUGACCUGAUAUUUGACCGUGUGUGUGUGCAAAAUCUGGACAACACAAAGCCAGUAGGAAAUGUUGAGGACAUACCAUAUGAACAUUUUGUCCCAUCAACUGUGGAGGACAAAUCAUAUAAAGAUUCCCUGAAAAUUCUUCUAGGUAGGAUAUUAUCUGAGCACCUUGAUGGAUUCAAGUGGAUGAAACCAGUUAUUCCACAUCAUAUCCCGCAUGAGUUACAGGAUGUGAUGUGCAAAAAGUCUGAAGUAUUUUGGUUGCCAAUCAUGCUGAAAAAUGAAGCACGCUACUCAGACUGUGUGCAAAUCAUGAAUGAAUAUGAGAAGCUUGUCUGUUCAUGGUAUUCCAGAGUUGGACGAGGUGGUGAGCUUGAUCACUUGCAAGUUCCUGUUGGUGGGGAUCAGUUGACCAGAGUUAGACUGCAAGGGGCAAAGAAUCUGGUAGCUGGAGCAUUGACGCCAAAAGAUCGACUAGAACACUUGUAUCCAGUGAUAAUGGAAAUGUUUCACACAUUGCAAGAUUUGUUGGAGAAAUUGUAUAAAAGGUUUUACAGUAACACAAGUGGAAGAGAAAGGGGCACUCUAUGCCAUAUGAAAAUAUUGAUCGAGAGAUCCAAUGUCAAUGGAAAAGUCAAGACACGCUUUGAAGCUCACGAAGACUUUGUACUGACUGUUGGAUGUGCCUAUUUCCUGUCCUUCAUUCUCAAACACUUCCACAUGGACAGCAUUGAGGACAAACCACAACACCCACUUUUGACAAAAAAUGUAAAGAUGAUGCACACCAAGGACAAAGAAAGGCUGUUCUCAACAAUUAUGUCUGAAAUAGUUGAUAGCCUGGGGCAGUCAUUUCCUCUGAAAGAUCCCAAUAUCAUGUUGAAUGUCAAUGUGCUUGGUACAGAAUACCCUAUCGAAAGUGUUCCAGAUGGAAACAUGUUGUGUUUUGCACUUAAUGUCAACAACAAGCGUUUCAUCUUCAAUGUCACACCAGAGGAAGCAGAGAAGGGGUCUACCAUUAACAUACCUACUGUUCAUGGCCAAAUACCUGUGAAAGUAACAACUAGAAAAAUGCAAAGUGAUGAUCUUCACAGCUAUGUUAUGCAGUUUUUACAGUGGUAUUUCCUCAUCUUAAGUUUCAAAGAUACCAUUAAGGAAGGAGACAUCUACAGAAAUAACAUCAAUCUGAAAUUUUGUAUACCUGUUUUCUUCAGCCACUCUACUCUCUCAAAGUACUUAGAAGAAUGUAUUGAUUACAUACUCAAGACCGAGAUCAUGUUGUCAGAGAAAAUGGCUCUAAAGGUAAGAGCUGCCUCCUUUGUAAAUCUAACUGGGAAAAUUGGCCAAAACAAAGCAGCUGACCUUCAGAAAGAAAAUGAAGUCAUGGUGCUGAAGGACCUGAUUAAAGGACUAGGAGCCAACAAAACAGAAAAAGCAAUCAUAACCAUCUCAAAGGCUGCCCCGGUUAUUCAGAAUGUGGUUGAAAAUGUCGAAAGUAUGUUGGGAAUCUGUGACAAAAAGACAAAGCAUAAGAAAAGGUCAUUCGAAGGCGAUGUAAAAGUCCUCCUAAAGGAAAUAAUUCCACUAAAAGUAUGGGAUCAGGAAAGCGGGAGACAACUGAAAAGUUUCAGGGAGAUUCGGGAUUCCCCAUUUGAUGUCAAGCGAAGUCUGUUUAAAUCCGCUGUCACUAGGAUCACACAAAGACUGAAAUUAGGAAUUUCUAUUCCAAUGGCAGAGGAUGAUGACAGUGAAGAUGACAGUGAGUUGGAAUAAAGUUCCAAGAAUAUAUUACAUGUAUAACAUUCAUUAGUGAAAUAUGUUCUUGACAUGUAUGUCACCUCAUGAUCAAGGAAAGUUAGAAGCCAUAUGGUAUUACCAUUUAAUAGUUCUUCUUAUGAUUCUUUAAUAAGUUAUUGCUUAGGCAUAAUUUCUUAACUGUUGAAGAUAUCUCAAGAAACUUGCAUCACCUUUGCUGAUUAACACUCAAUGUAAAAUAAGUGGCUGUUUUACAUAAUAAUGUAUACUGUCUGGGCAAUUAAUCUUAAACCAUGAAAAUAAU